CAACCGGCGCCACAUGCGUUAAGUUUAUUUACAUUUUCUGCAGCUGAAGUAAGUCCAUAAAAUAUGGCUUCGCUUUUUGUGCGAGACACUGCUGGACACAUAAUGCUUGCGCCACGACUUUUUCUGACGAGCACACACUUCUUGCAACGAUACACCUGUAAAAUCAGCGCCGCAGUUGAGCCGGAUGUGCUGGCGGAUUUGGAACAGGCAAACAUAAAGCCGCGCAAACAUCCUGGAAUCAUAAGACCCAACCAUGUUGAAUUGCCCAAACAGUUGAGCGAUACGCUGAAGCGCAUUGUAGGCGAUCAUCCUGUGAGAAAAGUGCUGCGCGACAGUCAAAUGCUUAAUCAUUAUAUAAAAUCGAGGCAUCCGCCGCCAACGCCGUUGGAAAUUGAAAACAAGAAACGAUUGAUCGUAGAGGAGGUAAAUUCUAAGAUGUCGCUGGAACGAUUGGCCACACUCAGCGAGGAGGAGGCGGCGCGUUGGAAACGCAAGCGCGAAUUGGAGAUUAACAAGCGUCUGGGACAACGCACCUACGCCUGGAAGCCCAUCGAAUACGGUGCCUAUGAGGCUAUCGUUUAUGCCGUUGCCAGAGCUGCCCAGGAGUAUGCAGUAAUGAGGCGUGUGCUCACAGAGCUCCAGCUGCGCGAUGCACACUUUAACCCACGCAGUUACUUUGACUUUGGCUCUGGCAUUGGAACUGGAAUGUGGGCCGCUAGUGAACUCUGGCGUGAGAGCAUCUUUGAGUAUUACAAUGUGGACAGAUCACGGGAAAUGAACGAAUUGUCGGAGCUGAUCUUGCAGCAAGGACAAGAGAAUAAGCAAGUUGCCCUACGCAAUGUAUUCUAUAGACAAUUUCUGCCCGCCAUUGAUACCAAAUACGAUUUAGUUAUCAUUUCGCAUACACUCUUCGAGUUGGCCGACAAACAGCAGCGCCUGGAGAUUCUGUUGAAUCUGUGGCGCAAAUGCGAUGGCUAUAUGGUCAUCGUGGAGGAGGGCACACGACGAGGCUCUGAGCUGGUCAACGAGGCCAGACAGUAUCUGUUGCGUGCAGAGGAUGAGCAUCAGGGCCACACUCUAGCGCCAUGUCCGCAUGAUCUGCGCUGUCCACGGCUCAAUGACUUGGCGGAUCGUACACCCUGCAAUUUUGAAAUAAGCUACGCGCCGCUGCGCCUCAGUAGUGAUUCGGCUUCAGAUCGUCAAUCAUCAGUGUAUAGUUAUGCAAUUUUGAAGAAGGGGGCAAUAGCAGAUGCCACACAGCAAUGGCCACGCAUUGUGCGGCCAACUUUGGUGCGUUCGAAGCAUUCGAUUUGUCGCCUUUGUACGCAAACGGGCAAUUUGCAGGAGGUAAUCUUUACAGCAUCAAAGCACGGCAAAGCCGCCUACAGCUGUGCCCGAGUGAGUCGUUGGGGCGACCGCCUGCCUAUGGCUCUGGGCACGCCACAAGUGAAGCAAAGCAAAUCCAAAUCGGAGCCGACGGAACAAUCUGAAUUGGCGUAGUGCACAUUAUUGUUAUACUAUCAUUGUGUUUAAGCUACACCCUCUCCCUGAUUAGUUGGCUUUAAAAACGAGUAAUCAAUUUGUUACUUUAAUUAUAUACAAACAAAUCGUUGCGCAGCGUUAA